GGGAGAAUGAAUUUCUAGCAAAGGAAUUCCUCUUUGCUUCCUGAAUGUGUUUAAUUUUCUCCUUUGUGUAAUAUCUGUGACCAUGCGUGCUGUACGAAGAUCUUCCAAACUUUCCCGCCAGCUCCUUACUGCUCAAUCGUCUUCACGAGUGCGCCAUAGCUCUACAUCAAAUGUAGUAGCUCGGCCCCUCACUUCAGUACUUAUAGCAAAUCGUGGUGAAAUCGCAUUACGAGUAGGCCGAACAGCUUCAGAGUAUGGCAUUCGUACCACGACCCUGUAUACCGAUCCCGACUCUCGAUCACAGCAUGCCUUGAGCUCGCCCUUCGCGGUGAAUCUCGGAGACCCUUCCGCAUACCUUGAUGGUGAUCGAAUUAUCGAGAUCGCAAAGGAGCGAGGGUGCCAGGGUAUACAUCCGGGCUAUGGAUUCUUGAGCGAGAAUCCAAAGUUCGCAAGGAAAUGCACAGAGGCUGGGAUUACUUUCAUUGGCCCACCAUGGCAGGCAAUUGAAUCAAUGGGAAGCAAGAGCGAAUCUAAGGAUAUCAUGACCGCUGCUGGCGUGCCUUGCAUUCCAGGAUACCACGGUCGCAAUCAAGAUCCCGAGUAUCUUAAGUCCGAAGCUGCGCAAAUUGGUUACCCUGUCCUCCUGAAAGCUGUAAAGGGUGGAGGUGGAAAGGGUAUGCGAAUUGUCAACACCCCAGAAGAGUUCUUCGAUCAGCUCUCUUCCGCAAAGAGAGAGGCUCGCAACUCAUUCGAUGAUGAGGUUAUGCUGGUAGAGAAGUACAUCACCACACCUCGACAUAUCGAGGUCCAAGUCUUCGCCGACAAACACGGAAACUGCGUUGCACUGGGUGAACGAGACUGCAGCAUCCAGAGAAGACACCAAAAGAUCUUGGAAGAAUCCCCUGCACCUCAUCUUAAGGAAGAGAUUCGUCAGGACAUCUGGGAGAAGGCGAGAGCUGCAGCACUAGCUGUCAAAUACGAAGGUGCCGGAACUGUUGAGUUCAUUUUCGACAACGACACUGGCGAGUUCUUCUUCAUGGAGAUGAACACGCGAUUGCAGGUUGAGCACCCAGUGACCGAGAUGGUCACCGGGGAAGAUCUCGUUCGAUGGCAACUGAUUGUAGCGGAAGGGGGCCGUCUACCUUUGACACAGUCAGAGAUCGAGCAGAGGAUAAAGGAGCGGGGUGCUGCCAUCGAAGCCCGGAUUUACGCAGAAAACCCAGAUAUGAACUUCAUCCCCGACUCGGGUAUGCUUCUUCACGUGCAGACGCCCAAGGCCACUCCUGCUGUUCGCAUAGAUUCCGGGUUCGUGGCUGGAGAUGAGGUGUCCUCGCAUUACGAUCCCAUGAUUGCGAAACUCAUCGUCCAGGGCCCAACUCGAGAGGCUGCCAUUCAGAAGCUUCGGGCUGCGCUUGAAGAAUACGAAGUGGCAGGCCCAAUCACCAACAUCGAAUUCCUAAAGAAGAUCUGUGUCAGCUCUGACUUCGUCGAGGGUAACGUCGAAACAGGCUAUAUUCAAAAGCAUCAUUCCGAGCUCUUCACCCCCGUAGCACCCGAGCCUGAAGUCUUCGCACAAGCUGCUUUGGGUCUUGCUCUGCAAGAGAUCCAGUCAUCGACCAACGACCCAUUCACCGCACCUCCCGUUACAGCGGCCGGCUUCGGCGCAGGUUACCAAUCACGAGAGUACAAUCUUGUCGAGAUACCGGCAGAUGGGAAGGGUGCCAGUACGCCGACAAAUGUCCAGAUCCGUCAGACAGCCCCCUCGCAAUUCGACAUCACCAUUGGUGACCGCACUUUCUCCAACGUGUCGUCUACUUUGAAUACCUCAUCCUCGAAUCUAUCAUCCUUCUUCCCCCAUACUCGCCUAUCUACCACUUUCAUCCGCGACGAAGAUCGUCUGACACUAUUCCAGCAAGGUCGACAGUACCGCUUGCAACUCGCUUUGCCGAAAUGGGCAGAAAAGGCAUUGGGUGUCAAGGAUGUCACAAACAGUGUACUAGCACCAAUGCCGUGCAAGGUUCUCAGAGUAGAGGUCGAGGAAGGAACCGAGGUCAAGAAGGAUCAACCGCUGGUUGUCAUUGAGAGUAUGAAGAUGGAAACUGUGAUCAGGAGUCCACAUGAUGGUGUCAUUAAGAAAGUUGUCCACAAAGCUGGGGAUCUUUGCAAGGCUGGUACGGCACUGGUUGAGUUUGUGGAGCAAGAGUAGACUUGGGCACCAUCGUGAUGCAAGCACUCACGAAUUACAAAAGUUAAUUAAUGAUAAAAAUGAUAUCAC